AUGUAUUUGGAAACUAAGAGAGCUAUUUUUGUUUUUUGGAUUUUUCUCCAAGUUCAAGGAACCGAAGAUAUCUCCAUUAACAUAUACCAUUCUGAAACUAAAGACAUAGACAAUCCCCCAAGAAAUGAAACAACUGAAAGUACUGAAAAAAUGUACAAAAUAUCAACUAUGAGACGAAUAUUCGAUUUGGCAAAGCAUCGAACAAAAAGAUCCGCAUUUUUCCCAACGGGGGUUAAAGUCUGUCCACAGGAAUCCAUGAAACAGAUUUUAGCCAGUCUUCAAGCUUAUUAUAGACUGAGAGUGUGUCAGGAAGCAGUAUGGGAAGCAUAUCGGAUCUUUCUGGAUCGCAUCCCUGACACAGGGGAAUAUCAGGACUGGGUCAGCAUCUGCCAGCAGGAGACCUUCUGCCUCUUUGAUAUUGGAAAAAACUUCAGCAAUUCCCAGGAGCACCUGGAUCUUCUCCAGCAGAGAAUAAAACAGAGAAGUUUCCCUGAGAGAAAAGAUGAAGUAUCUACAGAGAAGACAUUGGGAGAGCCUGGUGAAACCAUUAUGGUUUCAACAGAUGUUGCCAGCGUCUCACUUGGGCCUUUGCCUGUCACUCCUGAUGACACCCUCCUCAAUGAAAUUCUCGAUAAUGCACUCAAUGAUACCAAGAUGCCUACAACAGAAAGAGAAACAGAACUCGCUGUGUCUGAGGAGCAGAGGGUGGAGCUCAGCAUCUCUCUAUUAAACCAGAGGUUCAAGGCAGAGCUCGCUGACUCUCAGUCACCAUAUUACCAGGAGCUAGCAGGAAAGUCCCAACUUCAGAUGCAAAAGAUAUUUAAGAAACUUCCAGGAUUCAAAAAAAUCCAUGUGUUAGGAUUUAGACCAAAGAAAGAAAAAGAUGGCUCAAGCUCCACAGAGAUGCAACUUACAGCCAUCUUUAAGAGACACAGUGCAGAAGCAAAAAGCCCUGCAAGUGACCUCCUGUCUUUUGAUUCCAACAAAAUUGAAAGUGAGGAAGUCUAUCGUGGAACCAUGGAGGAGGACAAGCAACCAGAGAUCUAUCUCACAGCUACAGACCUCAAAAGGCUGAUCAGCAAAGCACUAGAGGAAGAGCAAUCUUUGGAUGUGGGGACAAUUCAGUUCACUGAUGAAAUUGCUGGAUCACUGCCAGCCUUUGGUCCUGAUACCCAAUCAGAGCUGCCCACAUCUUUUGCUGAUACAACAGAGGAUGCUACUUUGAGUCCAACACUUCCUCUUGUUGAACCCCAGCUUGAGAUAGUGGACGGAGCAGAGCAUGAUCUACCUGACAUUUCUUGGUCUCCACCCGCUAUGGCCUCUACCUCCCUGUCAGAAACUCCACCUUUCUUUACGGCAUCAAGUAUCAUCUCUCUGACUGAUCAAGGCACCACAGAUAUAAUGGCCAUUGACCAGACAGUGCUAGUACCAGGGCUCACCAUCCCCACCAGUGAUUAUUCUGCAAUCAGCCAACUGACUCUGGGAAUUUCACAUCCACCUGCAUCUUCAGAUGACAGCAGGUCAAGUGCAGGUGGCGAAGAUAUGGUCAGAGACCUAGAUGAAAUGGAUCUGUCUGAGACUCCUGCCCCAUCUGAGGUAGCAGAACUCAGCGAAUAUGUUUCUGUCCCGGAUCAUUUCUUGGAGGAUACCACUCCUGUCUCAGCUUUACAGUAUAUCACCACUAGUUCUAUGACCAUUGCCCCCAAGGGCCGAGAGCUGGUAGUGUUCUUCAGUCUGCGUGUUGCUAACAUGGCCUUCUCCAACGACCUGUUCAACAAGAACUCUCUGGAGUACCGAGCUCUGGAGCAACAAUUCACACAGCUGCUGGUUCCAUAUCUACGAUCCAAUCUUACAGGAUUUAAGCAACUUGAAAUACUUAACUUCAGAAACGGGAGUGUGAUUGUGAAUAGCAAAAUGAAGUUUGCUAAGUCGGUGCCGUAUAACCUCACCAAGGCCGUGCAUGGAGUCUUGGAGGAUUUUCGUUCUGCUGCAGCCCAGCAACUCCAUCUAGAAAUAGACAGCUACUCCCUCAACAUUGAACCAGCUGAUCAAGCAGAUCCCUGCAAGUUCCUGGCCUGCGGCGAAUUUGCCCAGUGUGUAAAGAACGAAUGGACUGAGGAAGCGGAGUGUCGCUGCAAACCAGGAUAUGAGAGCCAGGGGGGCCUGGACGGUCUAGAACCGGGCCUCUGUGGCCCUGGCAGAAAGGAAUGCGAGGUCCUCCAGGGAAAGGGAGCUCCAUGCAGGUUGCCAGAUCACUCUGAAAAUCAAGCAUACAAAACUAGUGUUAAAAAGUUCCAAAAUCAACAAAAUAACAAGGUAAUCAGUUAA